AUGACCGACGCCAUCUCCAUUUCCGAGUUAAGCCUCGAGGGCAUCAACAUGCACCGCGACCUCAAGCAGGUGCAGUCGCUAGGGCGCCCUCUCCUACUGGUCAUGCAUACCCGAUUCUUACGGGAGAAGAAGCAAAAGUGCUUGGUGCUGGGCCUGGGCCUCGCGUCUUCCGCCAGCUGGCUCCGCGCGACGCCUUUAGAGCGCCCACGCUUGCGCCUCGUCCUCGGCUCCGGCUCCGGCUCCGGUUCUGCUUCCAUAGCCCUGGACCUAAGCUCCGACGAGCUGAUGCGUAUGCUCCGUCGCCGACGCUUUCUGCCCAGCGCUCUGGCGGCUUGCACCGCGUCAAUCUCCUCGGAUCUCCUCCGCCUCCUUUCGGCCUCCUAUUCACCGCAAAUCCCCUCUGCUUCUUUCCCCACUCCCGCCUCCACCCGCGAACCCCGACAAGCUAUAGCAAUACCACUGGGCAAUGUAGAGGAUAAGAUGGAAUAG